UCCGUCACCCCUCCUCCAGCUGCUGAUGGUCCUGCUGUAGGCAGUCUGCUCAUUCUCCUCAGCGAGAGGACAGCACACACACUCCUUCACAACCAGCCUCCUUCUCUCACAUACACUCGUGUAUGAAACUAUUCUGGCAAUAUGUUUAAAACUGGAUAUACCCAAAGCAGCACAGAUUUCUGGAACAUUUGAACAAUUUGAGCACUCUGCUGAGGAGAAGGAAGAUCAAUCAGCAUUACGAUAUGAGGUGUGCUUGAAUAAGCCAUUGAGGAGGGGUUUUUUCCUCUUGACACUGAAAACUACUGAAGUUUUGCACAUCAACAAUGAGUCUUAAGAAGAGGAAACCAAGCAUGGUGUUCAGCUGGCAAAAGUCUUUUGCCAUCCUUGCCCCAUGGAGAAAAGGUAAAGGGGAUAUUGUUUUAGAGAAUGAAGUUGUACUGACAAAAAUGAAGCUCUUCAACAACUUCCCUGAGAAACUACUAAACGUUGAGGAUUCCAUUUCAACCAUCUCCAUUUCAAUGUCUGAGCAGGAUAACAUACAGCCUCUCCAGGCUGAUGAGGUGAUCUCCAUCCACAGCGCUGCUCCAGAGACAACUGUGACUGAAUCAAAAACAGACUAUCUAUCUUCAAUUUUUGCUGAUUCUGAACUUCCAAGAUUGUAUAAAUUUGAAUCUGAGGACUCUGGGGUAGAGAUGACUAGUGGAGCAACUUCCCCAUCCACCCCAACUGGUUCAGAGCAAAGCUUUGUGGUCCACAGUAGAGAGUCUUCAUGUGACUCUAGCAACAUGAACUCUCCAGUACCUGCUGACAGUCCUCUUGAAGACAGUUCAGUCUUUUUGGAAACUGAACAAAUGUCUUGUAAAUGUGCUAAACAAGAUACUCUUACCAUUCUGGGAGACAGAAGAGAGCAUGAGAAUGCUGAUGAUGAUUUAAUGGACUUCAUAGCAGAUUCAGAGAGGUCUGAGGACAGAACCCAGAGGAAUACCAUGGAGAACUGUAAAGAUGAAAUUGAAAUCGUAGCAGCACAGGUGGAAAUAACAGACAGUGCAAUGGCCGAGGACACGAUGUCAAGGAACCAGUGUUCUAUUGAAGCUUACGAUGGCAAAACAGUACCUGAAUUUCAACAACAGCCUUUGAGGAAAAGCACAACCAGCGACAGCCUGGAUGAGUACAUGGAAGAGUGCUGCAGGCUAAGUGAGGUGAACCAGGCCAAUCAGUCCAACCCACUGGGCUCUGGACUGGGGUACCUAGAGCACAUCUGCCAACUCAUAGAGAAGAUCGGACAGUUACAGGAACACAACCUCCGACUACAGAAACAGAUCUGUGGCCUGCAGAAGGAAGGCAGAGUGAUCAAGACUAAAGAGGACUUUUUCAUACAGCACUGCAGCUGUGGUGCAGCCAGCCUGGCCUUCCAAGAGCUCAAGAGACACUUUCGCAGUGAUCACUACAGCCUAACGGCAUCGAGCGGCACGCUGUCUGACCUGACCACGAUCCCCGAGGUCACGCGCAUCCCCCUCAGGGCAGGCAUGAGAGAUGGUGAGAUGGGCUGCCAACCUGCUCUUCCCGUUUGGAAAAGGGGUCUGAAUCGAAGAAGCUACACAGAAGGAGAGGCCAAGUACCUAAGUGACAGUGCUGAGGUCCUCUCUUCUCCUCACAGACGGUUGAGUGAGAACUAUACUUGGGGAAGAGUGAAGGAACUGGUGAAGAAGACCAAACUGAGGAACCAGAGCAGGCUGGGACUGUCUUCAGGCUCCUUGAAGAGAUCGUGUCCACAGCUUUACCGCCCAGAUGUGAUGUCAGCAGAGCACCCCAGGACAAACAGAAACUCAAUGAUUGCUUUGGGCCAUCAGAAAAUGGACUAUCUGUGGCCACAGUAGUACUGAUCAGACGUUGAGCAGAUGGCCUGCGAUGGGGCAGCUUUUCCAAAAAGCAAAGGACAAAGUAUGGUUCUUGCAGUUUGCAGAUGGUUUUUCCAGACUGAGGAAGAGAAAAUGGAAGAGAAAUGGACAAGAAAAAGAUGAACAGUAUUUGAGUAAUGGGAGAAAAAUAUUGGUAUUGUGUGUACUUUGUAUAAUACUAGGAGAGAUGUUUAUAUGUUAAUGGAAAUGUUAAGUUGUUGAUGGAACCUGUUGAUGGGGCUUGUUUGAGUGAUAAAGCACUCAUUAGAUUUGUCAGCUAAUGAGGUACUAUAAAAGACUAUAUAAACAUGUGGAAAGAUGCUUUAAAGAAUGUGAUUUCUGAAAAAGGGAAUUACAGUUGAUUCUUAUGUAUAGUCUAAUGUAAAUUUCUGUCUGGGACAAUUUACCAGACACUGUCCUAAUUGUAAAAUACUUGAAAUACACCCAAAUUAUAACAAAUGUUGAACAUGCAUGCUAUAAAUUUAUAUAAAUGAUUUUGUACCACAAUUAUAUAAGAAUUGCCAUGUGUAAGUGUAUAUAUACAGGCACAACAAAUAUGCAUGUAUGUAUCCAUGAUGCAUGGAUCAUACAGUAUGUGUGGAUAAGAGUGGGAGAGCGGUGCGCCCACAUGUGAAUUCCUCCAUCUACAGACAUAUAUCGUUGUCAUGACAGGGCUUAUGAUAACAUGUAAAUGACUUAUGGCAGUGCUCACCUGUCUGAUGUUAAAUAAUGUGUGUAGCCUUUUGCCUCUCUAAAAAUGAAGCAAUGCCUAGAGUAUGAACCUGAAAUAUCAUCCUUAACUAUGAAUUAACAAGUGCUUCCUAUGUACCUGUAAAUUUUCAGUCAAAUUUCAGUAAAAAGACAUUAAUUCAACCAAAUCAAAUGCAGUAUACAGUGACCUAACCAAACUGAGCUGGAUUAAAGCAGUAUUACAUACUGUAAAUAAUACUGUCACAUUCAGAACUCAUUUAAAAAAUGAAAAUCAAGCGGAACAAAUGGUUUGUUCUGAAUUCCUCUGAUUUCUGACUUCAGAAACCCAAAACGUUACGCCCAGUGAUGGUGAGUUAAUGUAAGUUAGAUAAAUGCUGCUAAUCCUAAACACCAGAAGAACUAAUGAUAGUAAAAAUUUAUAAAAGUUUGAAAAUGGUUAAAAUAGAUAAAUAAAAUACAAUAAAAAAGUUGGAAAGGUUCAAUGGUCAUAAAACUUUACUAAAGUUAUAACUGGACCUCAGGGAUAAAAGUGAAAUUAAAAAGUUGUUAAAUGACCCAGCCCCCUUUUUCCACGGCACUGGUUCUGAAAGAUUUUUUUUCCGAUAGGGAUUUAAAAAAAGUCUUUAUUAAAGAGUUAUAAGCCAUUAACCAAGCCAACCAGUUACGAGGUGAAUCACAAUACUACAAACUUUGAUUUGAAGCAAAAAAGUUUUUGACAAAGGUACAAGACUGUGUACUUUAGUGAGGUAAAGAACUACAAUCCUAUGAAGCUUUGCGAACAGCAUAAUCAAAAAUGAUGGAGAAGUAUAAAACUACUCAUUUACAAAUGUUGACAACAUAAAUGUUGACAAAAUAUGCAAGCAUAUAUAUGUACAUAUAUAUGUGUGUGUGUAUAAACAUACAAACAUUGAAGUAUUUUGAGAGCGUAGAGAGAUUGACUCGAUUAUGUCAUUCGCAGUGCUUCAUGGGAGUGGGUGGAGCUAAAGAACUAUUUUGGGCGGGUUGCUUUUUUCAAAUCUCUGAUUGGUGUAAUUUUCCGUACAGCAUCAUGAGUAAUAUACUUAAUUCUGCUGUUAAACAUGAUUAUUUAAAAAGUAAGCGGAAAUAAUGCAGGCUGACGGCUUCAGUAGAAGCAAAUACCAUGGAUUAACAACAUCAAAAUUUUUACUUCUGGAACACGAAUGAUUCAGUCUAUCAUUAAUCAAAAACAGCCAGGUAUACUGGACCACAUUAGGUUAAGCUCAGAAAGUGAGCUCUAAGUGUUUAACUGUCUUUGUUGACAGCUGGGUGGAGUGAGGUACUAAAAUACUGAUGUCUAGAUAAGGUCUGUUUUGCAAACCACUUGCAGCCUUGCGUGUGAAAGAUGAAACAUUUUUCUAAUCAAGCUUUUGUAACAUGAUAUUGUUCUGGCCCAGAAAGUGUAUUAAAAAACAAAGUGGCUUCCAGCAUGUAGUACUGUCUUUUGAUGUACGCUUGACCAAUCGUUUCAUAGCCACUGUUCUGAGUAAUGAUGUUGAAUUGUGUGUAAAAAUGAAUGAGAGCAGAUGUAUGGCAUAAUUUUUUGUCUGUUAGGGACAAAGGACAUGACAAGAGAUUUUUAAUUAUCUUGUGUAUUGUAGUGUACCAAAUGGACUGAAUAAUUCAUUAUGCAUAUUGCAUUGCUAUUCAAAUGUAUUUUUAAUAAAUGAGAUAUUUCUAAAUAAACACAAGUUGGUUUAAA